AAUUAUGUUUAUGGCGAUCCUUUUUUAGAUUUUUUGGGGUGUUUGUUUGUCAAUAAUUUUAUUAAAGCCUUUCGUUUUCAUUUACGCGUCUUGAGGUGUUUCUUCGGUGUUAUGACUUCAUUAAGAUAGAGGCAAGAAGUUGUGUUGAGCGUGUUGAGCAGAUUGAAUCUACGUGGGGGUCUAUAUUCAAGCCACAGGUGGCCAGUGAUAAGUGAAAGUACAUACCUCAUAGUGAAAGUAAGCUAGGGUACAUAUGUACAUGUGCCUCAGAUCAAAUUCUCCAGCCACCACACUAAAGUCAAAAAAUUGUUUUUUCUGUGAUUGCAACAGGGCUUCGCUUAGCCCUUUCGCACCAAUCCCACCUCCCAUCAAUCAACCUCCAUCGUCAAGCCUAACCCACCUUGAGAUUUGGUCAUCACAACAAUUCGCCGACAGAAACUCGCCCAGCGUACAAAGGUCUUCUUUCUGCGAAAGACUUCUCCCGGAUUCCAGUACCAUUUCGGAUUUCUGAGAGCCGUGGAAAAAACUCAGUCAAGAUGCCUUCUGAAGCAGGUCACAGAUUAUACGUCAAGGGUCGUCACCUAAGCUACCAACGUAGCCGACACAACACCCACCCCAAGACGAGCUUGAUCAAGAUCGAGGGUGUUGAUGACGCCCAGGCCGCCAACUUCUACCUAGGAAAGAAGGUCGCGUACGUCUACAAGGGCCAGAAGGAGAUCCGAGGAACCAAGAUCCGCGUGAUCUGGGGCAAGGUCACCCGACCUCACGGCAACUCCGGCGUUGUCCGAGCGAAGUUCGCUAACCCCCUCCCCUCCAAGUCUUUCGGUGCUUCAGUUCGUAUCAUGCUCUACCCUUCGUCGAUAUAAGAUGGGUAAGGGCCGGAGUUGGUAGUGUGGACGGUUCUCAUGAUUGGCUGC